CAACCACCUGUUAAUGCCGAGCACAAGCGCAGCACCGUGUAACACAAUAACAAUAACAACAACAAAGAGGACUAUGCUACAUGAUGACGUAGGCGGUGCGCAGUCACGUGCAGCCGCGGCUACUUACGGUGAUGCGGUCGAAACGUGACCGACUGUGAGUUCACAGAGCGGCACGGAGGCGCCUCGUCGGUUGUUGGUCAGAUCCUUCCAUGUGAAAUGUGCAUCGGUUUAACACGCCGGCGGACUAGAUUCAAAAAUCCCGCCCUGCCCGCCGACUCCUCCGAGUUGCGAUCCACACAACGCUCCCCCGGCCCGGCGCGGACGGCAGUGCGAGCCGUAGAGCCCCGACACGACGGCGCUGGAAGCCGAACAGCACCGCAACAACAGGUGAAACAACUUCGGUGGGCUCCCGGUCGAAGCGGAACGCGGCGUCCCGGAGCGGAGCGUUUGGUUUCCCUGAAGAUGCGGGUCUUGGAGGACCAGUAGCGGACCAGCGCUGCUCACCGUGGCCGGGAUGAGUGGGAGCUCCGCGGCGCCCGGCGCGGCGCCCUGCCGCUUCGCGCACUACUUUGCUAUCUGCGGGAUAGACACCGACACCGGACUGGAACCGGACGAGUUAGCAGCUUUGUACCAGUGGCUAGAAGCAGACCGCCAGGGCCAGGAUCCAGGUGAUGCAGCCUCAGGUGAGAACCUUGAGCAGAGCCCCCUGAAGAGGACGUUCAAGUCCAAAGUUCUGGCACACUAUCCGGAGAAUGUGGAGUGGAACCCCUUCGACCAGGAUGCUGUCAACAUGCUGUGCAUGCCUAAAGGUCUGUCGUUCAGGACUCAGGCGGACCAGCGCGACCCGCAGUUCCACUCCUUCAUCAUCACGAAGGAGGACGGCUCUCGGACCUACGGCUUCGUCCACACCUUCUACGAGGAAGUGACCAGCCCGCAGAUCUGCUCCGCCAUGCAGACCCUCCACCUGAUGCACAACGCACAGAGCGCCACGGCCAACAAUCCUUCCUCUGCUUCCUCGUCAUCCUCCUCCAGCAUGGACUCCUUGGCCAGCAGUUUGGACGAGGCCGAACCUCCCACCUCCUCGUCCCAACGGGCGGGCAGCUACGACUCAUCACGGGACACCCUCUACGUGUCCAAGGCCAUGUGCCUGAUUACACCCAUGCCCUUCAUGCACGCCUGCCGCCGCUUCCUGUUGCAGCUGCACAGAGCCGUGACGUCGGCCACCGCCCCGCCGCUGCCGCUGGAGAGCUACGUCCACAACAUCCUUUACGAGGUGCCGCUGCCGGCUCCGGGACGCUCGCUCAAGUUCCACGGUGUGUACGAGCCCAUCGUGUGCCAGAGGCCCGGCCUGGGGGAGCUGCAGCUGGCAGACUUCCCUCUCGCUGAGGCCUUCAGUCUGCUGGGAGUGGAGAACCUGGUCCAGGUGUUCACCUGCACCCUGCUGGAGAUGCAGAUCCUGCUGUACUCUCACGACUACCAGCGGUUGAUGACCGUGGCCGAGGGCAUCACCACCCUGCUGUUCCCCUUCCAGUGGCAGCACGUCUAUGUUCCCAUCCUGCCAGCCUCGCUCCUCUACUUCCUGGAUGCUCCUGUUCCCUACCUGAUGGGCCUCCAGUCAAAAGAGGGCGCGGACCGCUCCAAGCUGGAGCUUCCUCAGGAGGCCAACCUGUGUUUUGUGGACAUUGACAACCACUACAUCGAGCUUCCAGAGGACUUUCCCCAGUUCCCCAACAAAGCGGAGUUCAUCCAGGAGCUCAGCGAGGUGCUGCUAAGCUUCAACGUCUCCGCCAACACGGGGGCCCCGCCGCGCACCCGCACCAGUCCCGGCAGCGCUCCUUGUACCCCGGCUAGGGAGCGCAGGCCCGUGGCCCUGCGGCAGCUGGAGGACGACGGGCGCAACGGCAACCUGGCAGGGGAGGACCUGGCUUUGCUGCAGCUGCUGCAGGGGAACCCCACCCUGGAGAGGCUGCAGGCGCUCACCAAGCGCACCGGGGUGACGGUGGCCCGUGUGGACGCCUUGAGGGCCGGCGUGAGUGCCCAGGGCAGCCAAGGGCCGGGGGCCCGAACAGCAGCUGAAGAGGAGGAGCUGAGGAACGCCAAGCUGAACGUCCAGCUGAGGGAGGUGUUCGCCAGCCGCUUCACCACCAUGUUUGCCGACUACGAAGCCUUCGUCAUCCAGAGCGCCCCAGACCUGGAGUCCUGGCUCACCAACAGGGAGCAGAUGCACAACUUUGAUAAGGCCUCGUUCCUGUCCGACCAGCCGGAGCCCUACCUCCCCUUCCUCUCCCACUUCAUCGAGACGCAGAUGUUUGCCACCUUCGUGGACAACAAGAUCAUGUCCCAGUGGGAGGAGAAAGAGCCGCUGCUCCGCGUUUUCGACGGCCGCAUUGACAAGGCCCGCCUCUACAACGUCCGCGCGCCCAGCCUCCGCUCCUCCAGCUACCAGAGGUGCUCCAUCCUCAAGGAGUCUGCUCAGGCCAUCGAGCAGCGGCUGAUGAAGAUCGACCACACUGCCAUCCACCCGCACCUGCUGGACAUGAAGAUCGGUCAAGGAAAGUACGAGCAGGGAUUCUUCCCCAAGCUGCAGGCCGACGUGCUCAACACAGGGCCGACCAGUAACAAGUGGUCCCACAGAACGGCGACAGCUCAGCGAAGGAAGGACCGCCACAGACAGCAAACGGAGCAUCUGGGCCUCGACAACGACCUGAAAGAGCAGGUGGAGGGCUGUCUGGUCCUGCAGAACUCCAUGGCCUUUUGGGAGUGGGACAAAGCAUCCCCUCCACCUGUCAAACCGCCUAAAAAAUCUGCCUCUGCGUCCUGCCUGAAAUACAUGCAGGAGGCCCGCAGCCUGGGGAAAAACCUCCGGCAGCCCAAACUGUCUGAUCUGUCUCCCGCCGUCAUCGCGCAGACCAACUGGAAGUUUGUGGAGGGGCUUCUCAAGGAAUGUCGUACGAAGACCAAGCGGAUGCUGGUGGAGAAGAUGGGCCGGGAGGCGGUGGAGCUGGGCCAUGGCGAGGCCAACAUCAACGGACUGGAGGAGAAUACUCUGAUCGCCAGCCUGUGUGACCUUCUGGAGAGGAUCUGGAGCCACGGGCUGCAGGUCAAACAGGGGAAGUCGGCCCUGUGGUCCCACCUGCUUCACUACCAAACCCGAGAAGAGAAGCUGCAGCAGCAGGCAGAGUCACCGGUGUCAAAUGUUCCUGAGAGGAGGAAGUCCGACUGUUGCCUAGCAAUGCCGUCUCUACGCGUGUCCCUCACACAGGAUAUGAGGCAUAUCCAGAGCAUGUCCGAGAUUAAGACAGACGUGGGACGAGCGAGGGCCUGGAUCCGCCUGUCCCUGGAGAAGAAGCUGCUCUCUCAACACCUAAAACAGCUGCUGUCCCGACACGCCGUAACCAGGAAGUUGUACAAGCGCUACGCCUUCCUACGCAGUGACGAGGAGAAGGAGCAGUUUCUCUUCCACCUGCUGUCGCUCAACACCGUCGACUACUUCUGCUUCACCAGCGUCUUCACCACCAUCAUGAUCCCGUAUCGAGUCAUCAUCAUCCCCAUCAAGAAGCUGAGCAACGCCAUGACCACCUCCAACCCCUGGGUGUGUGUGUCAGGAGAGCUCAGAGACUCGGGCGUCAUGCAGAUCCCCAAGAACGUCCUGGAGAUGACCUUCGACUCUGCUUUCAGGCCUCAUACGCACAUCUCUGCCUUGUUCAAGUGUCAGAACCUGGGGAAGCUGACCAUGGUGCAGCUGGGGCACGACAACGCCGGCCUGCUGGCUAAAUGGCUGGUGGACUGCGUCAUGGUGCGCAACGAGAUCACAGGACACACGUACAGGUUUCCGUGUGGUCGGUGGCUCGGUAAGGGCGUGGACGAUGGCAGCCUGGAGAGGGUCCUGAUUGGCGAGCUGGCAGUGCCCAGCGGAGAGGAGGAUUCUGGGAGAGGCUGCAGUACGCCGCCGCUGCAGCGCUCGCCAUCCCAGGCCAGACGCAUCAGCAUCACGUCGCUGUCUGGACGAGGAAGCAAACCAACUUCAGCCCAAAUCCAAGAGGCCAUCGGGGAGGCUGUGAUCAACAUCAUCAAACACUUCCACAAACCCGAGAAAGAGAGAGGCAGCCUUACCGUGCUGCUGUGUGGAGAGAACAGCUUGGUAGCAGCUCUGGAACAGUUCUUCCACUUCGGCUUCAAGGCAGCGCGUCUCUUCCAGAAGACCGUGUUUGUGUGGGACUUUGUAGAGAAGGCUGUUGCCUACAUGGAGUCAGCUGACCAAAUGGGCGACCUCCAGGAGACCGUAGAGCCUCUAGGGAUGACCUGUCAGUCACUCUGUCGCUAUGUCAACGCAAUCAAUUCCACCUCAAGGAACAUCGGCAAGGACGGCAAGUUCCAGCUGCUGGUCUGCCUCGGAGCCAGAGACCGCCUGCUGCCCCAGUGGCUCCCCCUGCUGGUGGAGUGCCCGGUGAUCCCCCGGAUGUACGAGGACACGGCCCUGCUCAGAGACCGCGCCAGCGUCAACGCCCUCAUCGGAGUCCUGGAGACGCUCCAUGACUUCCCUGUGACACUGGAAGCCUCGCUGGUCAAAGGCAUCGACCUUUAGUCCUCCGGAGAAAAGUCCCCCCCUCCCCACUGCCACCCUCCUACUUUUAGCCAACUGGCUCUGGAUGAGACACAUGAGGAAGAAGGAAGUGAGACUAAAAGUCCCACAGCUUCAUAUGAGAGGCUUUGGAUGCAGUAUUAUUACCCCACCUGGUGGACUCUUUUAAUUCAAUUACACCCACUGCUUCCUGUCCAUGUUUUAUUUCAGGAACUACAGAUCCCAAUCACAUUGCAUUGUUGCAUAUCAUUUUUCAGAAUAUAACAUUUGUUCCAGUUUAUUUACCUUCAAGGGAGCCACGGGGUGCUUUUUUUUUUGUUUUGUUUUUUGUUACUCUUAGAAUUGACACAUUCCAUGAAUAGACCCAAAUAGCUACGAGUUAGUCUGUGCAUACUUUCUGAGGCCCUGGAGCUCUCAGCUCCAAGUCCUCUACUUCCCUCGGAACAAAACAUUUGCUUUAUUUUAAGCUUAAUAAUUCCAAAAAGAAAAAGCUUUUACCUUUUUACAUUUUAACAAACUUUACUGGAACAGUAGUUUGGGACAGUUUUAAACGGAGGAUAAAUACAUAUCUGGUGCUUAAUUGAGUAUUUAUGGGAAGUGCUUGUGAAUGAAUAUGUGCACAGACAGUGGAGCUCUAUGACAUGGAUCUAUUGGUUAAGGUCAUUGGCUCAUAGGCAAACAUCAAAUAUUACUGGGGGGGGUUUUUCUGUUGUUUUUUUUGCUUUUUUCUGGAAGGUCAAUUUGAUAUUGCACUGUGAUGAACCUAAACAGUAGCUGCUUAGAGGAAAGCAAAAUGAAUCCCAAAAAGUGUAAGUACUACUUGGCAGAUGGCAGACAGACGUAGGCUACGGGGCAGAACCAUUGGUGGGUUUCUUUUAGAAGUAGCAGAAGCAAACCUUUCCUGUGUGCCAGCCCGCCCGAAGGUGUGACCUGAUAAACUGUGAUGGAUUCACUUUCCUCACCUGCAUGCGGCGUCACAGCGCCGCCCUCCCUGCACACUAGUUAGCAUUAGCGUUAGUGAGCAUUCUUAUGGGUGUGAACAAAAGGAGGAGGCUGAGGGAUCACUGCACUGGAACAAGGAUGAUGACCGUGUGCGUGUACUGAAGAACAACUGUUGCUGUCCGAGUGAAUGGAGUCGUCUCUGAAAUAAAAGUGCCAGCCGUAGAGGGUCUGGAGUUAACUUUCAGUUUGCUCCACUAAUGGAUCGUGAUCAAGUGUUAAAAUGCACCGCUCGAGUCCUACUUGGUGUCCCAGUAAAGCAGAAGUUGGAGAAAGUUCCGAUUUACUGUGAUUGUUUGUCAUCAGCGCCCUUGAGUGCAGGAUGAGUCCUCAAACAAAUGAAAGCACAACAGAAUUAACAGACGCUCCAAUGUUUUUAAACAGGAGUCCGUUUUUUACCGUCUGAAUAAUAAAGAAAAAAAUAUAAAUAGAACUACUGAACCUUUCAUAGAAUUUGUUUGCAAUUAUUAAGUGAAGAAUAUUAUUUUUUUAUUUCCUUAAAGGACAUGUACAAUAGUUAUUGGAUUAUGUGAGCCAGCUGUUCAAACUUAAUUCCUCCACUGCUUAAAUGCAAAAAGACCUGUUGGACAAAAAGGGCAGAACAGGAGCCGAUGCUUUAUUAAUCGCAUUGAAAGUAUUCCAUUCAAAACACAUGAACUUCAUCCUUUCCCUUGGUAGACUCUUUAAAACAUUUUUCUUAGGGCAAUAAAACAUUUAUUGCUGCAUGACGGAUAGAUGUCUGAGAAUCUGUGUAAAUACUGUCAUUAGUACAUUUAGUACGAGCCGUGUCCCCCACUCAAUUGUAGGGGACUUAGAAGGGACGUACAGGGGAUAACAAACUUGUCUUCCUUGUACUACUUUUGCUCUCCGGUGUCAUGGUUUGUUUUGAAUGUUUCAAUUUCAUGUGUUGGUUCUUAUGUGAAUCCAUGACUGCAGCACUGACAUUUUAAGGUUGAUGAAGCCUGCAUGUCUAUUGAUCAGUAACCACUGUUCCCCCACCCUGUGUUCCUAUCAUGUUCCUUCUGCUCUGCUGCUGCUGUACCCACAAUGCCUCACUGAGAGGACUAACCAGACUCCUCUUUCUCGUCCUGGAUUUGUUUCACCAGGAACGAUUUCUGGUGGAACAGAUUGUGGUGGACAAUCUGAGAUCCGUACACACUUUGCUUAGCACCCUGAACGCGGGUUGUUGUUGACCCCGACUGGAUCAGCUCAAACAGACCGUGACAUCCUGCUCUUGGCAUGAUUCCCCACCGGACAAAUGGUCUGAGACUGACUUCUGUGUUCUGAUAUUUAUUAUGUCUACUUCAAUAAAAACACCCAGUGUGUUAA